UGACGUAAAUACAGAGCGCCGCAAAAGUGCGGGCUACGUAGAGGCAAGGGAAGUGGCCCCAGCGGCGACUGGGCUCCGUACCCGGCUAAGGUGGCGGUAGUCUUGGUCCCAAGGCGAGGCCUCGUGGGCCUUCAGGUGCGGCCUGCUCUGUGUGCGCGGGGUGGCGUUCGUGCCGACGGCCGUUUCCACGGUCAGUUCGCAACCUGGCAUCUGAGCGGCUGGGGGUAGGACCAACCAGCGCCCCGCAGCUCAAGUCCUAGGCCCGCCGUGAAGCUGCUGGGAAGAUGCUACCAAGUACUUCUUUGAAUUCUUCGAUGUACGGGAAUGGAGCUUUAAAUUCCAGGGAUGCAGCAAGACACACAGCUGGAGCAAAACGCUACAAGUACCUCAGAAGGCUUUUUCGCUUUCGGCAGAUGGACUUUGAGUUUGCGGCAUGGCAGAUGCUCUACCUGUUCACCUCCCCUCAGAGGGUUUAUAGAAACUUUCACUACCGGAAGCAAACGAAGGAUCAGUGGGCCAGAGAUGACCCUGCCUUCUUGGUCCUCCUAAGUAUCUGGCUCUGUGUGUCCACCAUAGGAUUUGGCUUUGUGCUGGACAUGGGAUUUUUUGAGACAAUAAAGCUGCUCCUGUGGGUUGUGUUCAUAGAUUGUGUAGGUGUUGGCCUUCUCAUAUCAACUUUAAUGUGGUUCAUCUCCAACAAGUACCUGGUGAAACGCCAGAGCAGAGAUUACGAUGUGGAGUGGGGCUACGCCUUCGACGUGCACCUGAAUGCUUUCUAUCCGCUCCUCGUCAUCCUGCAUUUCAUCCAGCUCUUCUUCAUCAACCAUGUUAUUCUCACAGACACGUUUAUUGGAUAUUUAGUUGGAAAUACCUUAUGGUUGAUCGCGGUUGGCUAUUAUAUCUAUGUGACCUUCCUGGGAUACAGUGGUACCUCAAAUAUUACUGCAGUUAAUGUUCAACCCAUAAAGACAUUGUGAGCAGAGGAAAAGAGGACCUGGUACAACCUAGCAAGACUCCAGAACGUCCCCCAGUGUGAAGACAGCCUUGUGGAGGACGUGCACCAACUGAGCGUCUUUGACUCCACUGGGGGAAAGAGGUGUGAGCUUAGUGGACUGGACAGUACUGUCCCAGCAGCUCUUUGUAAGGCUCAAGAGAAUGCGCUUCAGGUCCUCUUACACAGCGCUGGAGCAUUUCCAAUAAAGGGUGGAAUGCUACGCAA